AUGUUACAGCUUCAUUUUGUAUUUUCCGAUGUUCCCAGAAAUGCGGCCCCGAGUGGGCGCCUCGUGGGUCCCGAGCGGGGCGCUGGGCUGCAGUCGCUGCACUGCGGGGCCCCAGCGCUGCAGGGCCUCGGCGCGGGGUCGACGCCCCUCAACGCUGAGACCAUAACCUCCUUCAGGUCCCCAGCCUCCCACAGGAGAGUGCACGCCGCUCUAGCUACUCCUCAGGAGGAGGAACUCUUUGAACCAUCCCACGGUCCGGACCAGGUGCUGCCUGCGAGGUCACACAAAUGUUGGCUUCCUGACUGUGCCGUGACCAUCACAAUGGACGAAGAAGGCCCAGGGGCACGGGCGCCCAUGUCUGUCCAUAGCGUCCUGCACACCGCAGCCCUCACCCACCCCCAACAGCCUGCCCUCGCCGUCCACAGAGAUAAUGCUUGGAAGUACUGGAACUACGCGGAGUACUACGCAGCCAGCGCGACCGCUGCCAAGGCGUUGAUCAGGCUGGGACUGGAACGCUUCCACAGCGUGUGCAUCAUGGGUGCCAAUAGCCCCGAGUGGGUGAUUGCCAACAACGGGGCCAUCAUGGCGGGGGGGCUGUCAACGGGGCUGUACAACAACAACUCGGCGGAGGCGAGCUGUGGCAUCGCCAACGACUGCCGUGCGCAGGUGCUGGUCUUGGACAACCACCACACCGUCAGCAGCAUCAUGACCGUCCGACACAAGCUGCCGCAUGUCAAGGCGAUCGUGCAGUGGCUUGGGCAGCCCAGGGAGCGCGGCGCGAUCGUGCAGUGGCUUGGGCAGCCCAGGGAGCGCGGCGUGAUGUCUUGGGCGGAGUUCAUGCACCUCGGCGCCUCGACGCCCGACGACGAACUGCAACAACGACUCAGCCUGCAGGCGGUCAACCAGUGCUGCACUCUGAUCUACACUUCAGGCACGACCGGUCCUCCUAAAGGCGUGAUGUGUUCCCAGGACAACAUCACUUGGAGCGCUCGCGCCUUCGCUGACUUCUUCAGACUCAAGCACGACGACUCGAUCGUAUCCUACCUACCGCUGAACCACAUCGCGGCGCAGAUGGUGGACUUGUACGUGGCCAUGCCAGCUGCCGGCACCGUCUACUUUGCCAAGCCGGACGCGCUCAAAGGCUCACUCUUCGACACCCUCAAAGAGGCACGACCCACGGAGUUCUUGGCGGUGCCUCGCCUGCUGGAGAAGAUACACGAGCAGCUCACGAUGACGUCAGCCAAGUCUUCUCCUGCUAAGAGAGCCGUGGUCUCGUGGGCUAAGAAGCAGGGAACCAACCACCACCAGGCGCUGUUGCAAGGAAGGAGACUGACACCCUUUGAGCUGCUAAGCUACAGCCUCGCCAAAAUGCUGGUCUUCAAUAAAGUCAGAAGCGCUCUGGGUCUCAGCAAAGGUCGAGUUCUUUGUAAUGGAUCCGCGCCUCUGAGCACUGCGUUGUCUGAGUUUUUCUCCUCGCUGGACAUGACCUUCUCUAACACGUGGGGACUGUCUGAGUCGUGCGGUGUUGGGACGAUAAACAACCUUCAGUACCGCAGCGGCAGCGUUGGCAAGGCCGCUCCUGGUGUAAAAAUUUCUAUUCAAAAGUCUGACGUGAGCAGCCGCCAGGGAGAAGGAGAAAUUUGCGUGAAGGGACGCAACGUUUUCAUGGGAUACUUCAACAACAAAGAGAAAACCGACGAAACCAUUCAGGACGAUGGUUGGAUGCGUACGGGCGACCUUGGUCACAUGGACGAGGACGGCUUCCUGUACGUGAGCGGGAGGGCGAAGGAGAUUAUCAUCACUGCAGGAGGUGAAAAUAUUGCGCCGCUGCCCAUUGAAGCUGCCGUCAAGAAGCUAAUUCCUGCUGUGGCUAACGCCGUAGUUGUGGGCGACGGCAAGAAGUAUCUCUCGAUGCUGCUGACCUUCUGCUGUUCCGUUGAUCCGGACACAAUGGUCCCGCACAACAGUCUGUCCGCUCCCGCGCUCGACUGGCUGCGUGGCUUGGGCAGUUCCAUAACCAACAUCGGACACACUAAUGACCUCAUCGAAGACGUCUACUCCAGAUAA